ACCAAGAGGCAAAGUUCACAACUCGUAUAGCUAAUCAGUGUACGUCACGCCUCGAGCGGCCCUGACUGGAAGCGCUCAGUUGAGCACUCGGCUGCGACCAGUGCGCGCGCGGUCUUGGCGCGAAACGCGCGUCUCUUCAAUCGCAAUCACUUAUUUCUUUGUGACGUACGAAUGACCAACUGAGUUUCUUAGUUAAAUAAAAUUCAUUGUGUUUUGUUCAAAAUGAAAGUGGACAAAGAAUCGUGCCUUCCGGGCCCUGUGGACACUAAGCCGAUGUUAUCCGACAGGAAAGGGAGCCUUAAGGUGACCAUCACCCCGGCACAACACAGGACCCUCACACACUUGCCCAAGAGACCGCCAGUGGAUUUGGCGUUCACUGAUCUCACGUACAAAGUGCAGGAGGGAAGAAAAAGCAAUGUGAAGACAAUUCUCAAGUCGGUCUCUGGCCGACUUCGGUCAGGUGAGCUGACGGCCAUAAUGGGACCUUCAGGCGCUGGAAAAUCCACACUCCUCAAUAUCCUUACAGGAUACAAGACAUCUGGUAUGGAAGGCAGCAUUACAGUGAAUGGUAUGGAGCGUAACCUGUCAAGUUUCCGUAAGCUGUCCUGCUACAUCAUGCAGGACAAUCAGCUCCAUGGUAACCUGACUGUGGAGGAGGCCAUGGCUGUAGCUACUGCUUUGAAGCUGCCCAGUGCUACUACAAGCGCUGACAAGGAGGAAGUGAUCCACGAAAUCCUGGAAACCCUUGGUCUGUCAGAGCAUCACAAGACUAUGACAUCGAAUCUCUCAGGAGGUCAGAAGAAACGACUCUCGAUCGCCUUGGAGUUGGUCAACAAUCCUCCUAUAAUGUUCUUUGACGAGCCCACUUCGGGUCUGGACAGCUCUUCCUGCUUCCAAUGUAUAUCUCUCCUGAAGACCUUGGCUAGGGGUGGCAGGACUAUCAUCUGUACUAUCCAUCAGCCUUCUGCAAGAUUGUUCGAGAUGUUCGACCACUUGUACACGUUGGCGGAUGGACAGUGCGUCUACCAGGGAAGCACAGGAAGACUUGUUGAAUGGCUCGGCAGUUUGAGCUUGCAGUGUCCGUCCUACCACAAUCCGGCUUCUUUCAUCAUUGAAGUGUCCUGCGGCGAGUACGGAGACAAUACUGGCAAGCUGGUUCGGGCUAUUGAUAACGGAAAGAAUGACAUCAGGAACGGCAUGCCAUUCCCAGAGAGCAAAGUACCCGACUACAACAAUAAGAAGGCAAUGGAAGAGUCUCUGAACAAGGAAUGGAACAAAAAUGACCUGUCCCAAGUCCAGGAGAAGUUCAGAGAUGGUAACAACGCUACCAAUGGAAACGGAAACUUACAAAAUGGAAUCUUGCAGUAUGCUGCUAGCGAAAUUGCUAAAGGUGAACCGCUGGUAGUCCAAAUGGAUUCUGAAAAGCAGGAUAACGUGGACGUGGCGCUGUUGGGCGGCGAGGGCUCUCCCAGACGGUACGCUACGUCAGAACUUACUCAGUUCUGGGUGGUACUCAAACGAACUCUGCUGUUCAGCAGAAGAGAUUGGACUCUGAUGUACCUCCGUUUAUUCGCGCACAUCCUGGUCGGCUUCUUGAUCGGUGCACUGUACUACGACAUCGGCGACGACGGCUCCAAAGUACUCUCCAACCUUGGUUUCCUGUUCUUCAAUAUGCUGUUCCUCAUGUACACUUCUAUGACCAUCACUAUUCUUAGUUUUCCCCUUGAGAUGCCUGUGCUGGUGAAAGAACACUUCAAUCGAUGGUACUCGCUACGGUCAUACUACCUCGCCAUCACUGUCUCGGAUAUACCGUUCCAGGCAAUAUUCUGCGUGAUCUACGUGGUGAUAGUAUACUUGCUGACGUCACAACCUCCGGUUUGGUUCCGAUUCGCGAUGUUCCUGUCUUCGUGUCUGCUCAUCUCCUUCGUGGCCCAGAGUGUUGGACUUGUCGUUGGUGCUGCUAUGAAUGUUCAGAACGGCGUGUUCCUCGCGCCCGUAAUGUCGGUACCGUUCCUUCUAUUCAGCGGUUUCUUCGUAUCAUUCAAUGCGAUCCCGGUGUACCUGCGGUGGAUCACGUAUCUGUCCUACAUCAGAUAUGGAUUCGAGGGCACUGCUCUCGCCACCUACUCCUUCGACAGACCUAAGCUUAAGUGCCAUCAGACUUACUGUCACUUCAAGAACCCAGAAACCACAUUGGAAGAGUUGGACAUGUUGAAUGCAGACUUCACCCUGGACAUCGCGGCUCUCUGUCUGAUCUUCCUCGUCCUGCGUAUAUCUGCCUUCCUAUUCCUUCGCUGGAAACUCAAAUCUACCAGAUAAGCUAUAUAACACCUACUUUACAUGUAUUUAGGGUAGAAAACCAAACGACAAGUUAUUUUAAGUUAAGAUUGUCACUUUGUCACCGCUUUUGUACGAAUAUGUGAUAUUGACCAGCUUGUGGUGCCGAUAGAUGAGUUUAUAAUGCAAUUUUAAAGGCGAUAAUUGUUUAUUUAUGUCGAAUUUAUGCCAAAGGUUUCCUAAAGAAGGGAUUGGAAUAACAAAACUAAUAUUUCUUUUAAAUAUUGUUUUUAUAAGCAGCUCAGUCGUUUUUUAUGGUUGCUGACAGAUUCAAUGAUUUUGAGACAAAGUAACAAUCGUUAGUUAGUUUACGCAGUUAUUGUGAUAAAGAUAAUAUUAUUAUAUGUAUUUAAGGACAACGGGACUGUACAUUUCGAAUAUUUUAUGACAAAGUAUGGGAUCCUACCAUUCAGAUCUAUAGAAAUCUAACAUUAAAACCACGUCCUGUUUCUAUUCAUUGCAAAAAAAACUUGCAUCAUCUAUUAACAUUGUAAAAUAUUAAAAAAAAAAUAAAAAAUAAGUUGGUGUCAAUAAAAUUUUGACGGAUGAAAAUUGCUCUUUGUAAUGUUAAACUGACAUUCUCAGCCAAAAGUUGUAUAUUUAGAGCUGACCUCAAAUUGAAAAGACUAGGAUAAGUAAUAACAAUUUUGAUAAUGUAUUAUAAAUAAUGAAAUUACAUGACAAUCUAUUUAGCAAGGUCGUUCAAGCUCAAAUCAUGGCCUUAUUUCAAACAAAAAAGUAAUAAUUUUGAACAGGAUGAAUUAAAAUGUGAUAACUUUUUGUGAUACAACAAAAAAAAAAUCACAACAAAUAUAAAUUACUUAUUGCAGUUAUAAAAACACAUCAAUUUUGUAAAUAAAAGUUUAAUUCUAUACUCAAUGGGUCUUUACAUUUUUUAUGCCACAGACUAUCCGAACCAUAGAUUUAUAAUCAGAGAUUUUGUAACAGAUAAUAUAUAAUAGUAAGAUCUGAAACUAUCAGAAACCGAGCCUAUGUAGCGACGUUAGAAAUUACACAAAAAAGUUAAUAUAUAAAUUAUAAUUAUACGAAUCCAUUGAUUAUUUUGCUCAUAAAUUAUUCAUAUUUCUUGCCUAACGGGCUUGCCGUUAAUUUUAUGUCAAAGAUAUUCGUAUUUUAUUUAAAUAGUAACGGUAAUUUUAACUCUUUUAUUUUUAUUCUAUAAAUAAAGACUGCUGUUCAAUUGUUUAAUUCAGAAAUUCAUUCUUUCAUCUUUGAGUACCUAUUUGAAUUAUAAGUUUUUUUGAAUAUAUAUAUUUCAAAGCUUUUGUAAAUAACCGUUACUAUUAAAAUAAAUAAUUAUUAUUACGCAUUCAGGGAUCAUGGUAUAUUUCAUUGUACUUAGUGUUGUAAUUAUUUAGAUAAAAUAUUGUGGUCCAAUUAAUUAUUGAUAAUGGUUAGUUGUAAUGGUGUAUAGAAAGUAUGAUGUUUUGUACCUAUAUAUAUUUUUUAAAAUAAAUGGUUUAUGAAAUUAG